CGGCGGGCCUCGUAAAAGACCGCGCACGACGAACUAUACGCGCAUCGCUCGGCAACAGACUCUGGUAGUGCAACGCGGCCAGCCGCCGUAUCGUCUUUGAUACGUACGACGCUGCGCGCAUCGCUGCAGCCGCACGCCAUCGACGCGCCUCGUUGACAUAUGCCGCCCGCGCAAGUCGCGCCGGGCCUCUACCUCGGCGACCGGAAGGACGCCAAGGACCGCGCGGCGCUGCGGCGCCUCGGCAUCCAAUCAAUCGUCAACUGCACGCCGCCGAAGAGCGAGGAUCCGGCCGCGGGCUGCCCGUCGUUUUUUGAAAGGGAGCUGCGUUAUCUUAGAGUGCCUAUAUAUGACUCGCCGGCCGAGGACGCGGCCGAGCACUUCGCUGCCGUGCUCGACUUCAUCGCCUCGAGGCUUCAUUAUGGGGGAGUUCUUGUGCACUGCAACCGCGGUGUUUCUAGAUCGGCGACUUUCGUCGUCGCGCACCUGAUGAAGACGCGGGCGCUCGACCCAGCCUCGGCGCUCGAGCUGGUGCGCGCCGCGAGGCCGCAGGCGGAGCCUAAUGCGGCCUUCCUCAAGCAGCUCGACGUAUUACAUACGGAGCUCGAGGCGUCCCGGAAGCGCGACGCGCAGCGGAUGGGCGGCCCGGUCGCGCCGGCGAAGCCUCCAGCGCCUCGCCCCGUCGCGGGACCGGCGCGGCCUGAACGACGCGCGGGCCCCGCGCCUCGACCGGUUGCCACGGCACCGGCGCGACCAAAAUGCGCCGGUCCCGCGCCGCGGCCACUCCCCACGGCGCCGGCGCGGCCCGAACGAGCGAUCGGAGCGCCUCCGCGGCCCGGUGCCGACGACGACGGCCGCGCGGAGGCGUUCGCGGCCGCGUUGGAACGCGUCGCGGCGGCGGCGGCAGCCGUCGGCCCCGAGAAGCGCCCCGCGCCAGGUGCGCCCCUCGGACCGUUACCGAAGAAGCCAAAGUAA